AUGCUGUCUCUGUCCCCAUUAACAGUAUCCUCCUCCUCCCUUGGUACAAAUGACGCCGAAUCGUCGAAGAAGUCUGUCGGUAACCCCGAGUCACUCUCAUCGGUAGAGGCAGCAACGGACUGUGAUUCGCACCUGCCGUUUGAAAUCCCCGGUGCCGUGGUGUUAUCUGCCCCCUCCCUCCCUGUCCUUCAAGAAGCUGCGAACGAGCUCUAUCGCCAAAUCAACUCCGACCCGUCUUGCACGAACCAGUACAUCAUCGUGUUGAACAUAUCCCAGCCUUUGCAGGAGGUCAUAGGUGGAGAUCGGAAUCCUCUUGAGGUUCCGUACAGAUUGACACUUGACGAAAAGCACCAGAGAGGGGUUAUUCGGAUAAUUCCCUCGAAAGCGCAUGAGCGCGUUACGCAGUCAUUUUCAGCCCAACUCAUCCGGAACAAUCCUUCUGACGAUGACGACUGGCCUUCGCUCGUGAUAGAAACUGGUCUUUCAGAAUCCGAAGCGCAACUCCGGAACGAUGCACACUGGUGGUUUUCCAAUUCCGGCUACCAAGUCAAACUGGUUCUACUCAUUCAUAUCCAGAGAUCUCCCCAGCGUAGAGUUGUCUUGAAACUCUACAGCCUCAGGCCUACCACCGCCAGAAUCACUCGUGGACUACAGGUAGAAGUGGGGCGCACCCUGCUCGAUGACCCUGCGUCAUCUCAAGCAGUCCCGCCAACCCAGUUACGACCUCACCUAGCGGCGAGAGAGAUCGUCGUUACGUCAAGCAAUGUUGAGAAUGCCCCGCUUGAGCUAGAGUUCGAAUCCGUCAUGCGCCGCCCACCCGCCCCUAACACGAAGGAGAGAAAUAUUAUUUUCACGGCUGAGGAUCUUACAUCGUGCUGCCGCCAUCCAAUGUCUUUCCGGUAG